UGCGACAUAGUAACAGCAGACGCUAGACCAAGGUUUAGGCAAGAACUGUCUCGUUAGGAGAAAGAAUAGACCAGGUGCCUUUUUAUCGAGAUGUAUGUAUAUAAAACUGAGGUCAGCUUGUAUCAUAAAUCGGAAAUAAUAGAAUAAAAUGAAAUUCUGUUUCCGAAAAUAGGCUGAAAAGAACGUCGUUGAGUAUUUGUUAUCAAUUAAGACUCGUGCGAUAACUUUUGUUUGAAACAAAAAUAAUACAAGAUCGAUUUUCGCCAAUUGAUUUUAUCAAUUUAGAAAAAGGGAUGAUAGAAAAUGCCUCAGAGUAAAUCACUUGGUGAUGUGAAGUCAAAAGAACAGAGAGUGCUAGCAAACAGAUACCAAGUUGUGAAAAAAUUAGGCAGCGGAAAUUUUGGCGUGGCGUACCUAUGUAAAGAUCUUCGGAAUAAUGAGGAACAGAAAGUCCUUAAGGAGAUUUCAGUGGGAGAGUUGCAGCCAGAUGAAACAGUAGAUGCUAUGCAUGAAGCCCGACUUCUUUCACGACUUAACCACCCAGGCAUUGUCAAGUUCUAUGACAGUUUUAUUGAGAGAGAUUUCUUUUGCAUCAUCACUGAAUACUGUGAAGGUGGUGAUUUGGAUCAAAAGAUCAUAGAUUAUAAAAAGAAGGGUAUGCACUUUGAAGAGAAGACAGUUUUAGACUGGACUGUACAACUGAUGAUGGCACUUCAGUAUAUGCACAGUCGCCGUGUCCUCCAUCGGGACCUGAAGACAAGAAAUAUAUUUUUGAGAAACAACAUGGUGAAGAUUGGGGAUUUUGGCAUUUCACGUAUUCUCAUGGGAACAGCAGAUAUGGCCUCCACAUUUACAGGAACACCAUAUUACAUGAGCCCUGAGGUACUCAAGCAUGAGGGUUACAAUUCCAAGUCUGAUGUUUGGUCUGUUGGGUGCAUCUUGUAUGAGCUGUGUGCUUUAGAGCAUGCAUUUAGUGGUCAAGGGCUUAUGGGAGUCAUGUACAGAAUUGUAGAGGGUGAGCCUCCAGAGCUACCCAGAAAGUACAGUCGUGAACUUGCUGCUGUGUUCAAGAGGAUGCUUAUAAAAGAGCCAGACAGCCGGCCUUCAGCCCAGGAAGUGCUUCAGAUACAGUUUAUUAGUCAUCACAUUGGUAAAAUGAAGGACACUCUGACAGACGAGUACAAGACCAAACAUCAGAGCAAUAUGAAUGACGAGAAGGCGGAACAGGAAGCAAAAGAGAUUGCCCAGCUUCUGAGAGAGAAGUCCCAUCUUGAAGAUAUAAGAAAAGAAGAGACAGAGGACCCUAAACUGAAAUACAUGUCACCUCGGGAGCGCAUGCGUUUACGCAAGAUUCAGGAGGCAGAUCAGAGGAAGAAGGAGCUGGAACAGUUUGCAAAAGUACAGCUAAAGGAGAACACUGACAGGCGAGAGGCAAUAAAAGAAAGCAUGAGCAAAACUCUUGUGCCUGCUUGGAAGGGUGGCUCAGGUGAAGGUGUAACCCUUAAAAGUGCCUUCAAGUGCCUGAUGAGCGACUGUCAAGGACAGUUAGUGAAGAGUAUACUCUCUAUGGCCCUCAUCACCGCUUCAUUCGCUCAGAAGUUCAUCACAUCAUUUUCCACAGGAUCAAAGGGCUUUUAUGAUGAUGAUGAUGAAGAUGUAGCGAGAACAACUAUGAAGGCAAGGACCUCUUUCAUUCCAAGAACAUCACACGUUAUGGGAGCUCAUCACACUUUUGAAGACCGCCCCAUCACACCCUUGCGAGACAGGAUGGUCUAUGACAAAUUCCAUUCUUCUCUGGAUUUCAAAGAUGGGAUCCCUGACACCGAUGACAUGGCCAACACCUACUACUCUCAGUUUGAGUUUGAUGCAGAUGAUGAUGAUGGUGGUAGUGGUGAUGAGCAGGAAAAAGAGGAGAGAACGCUGGUGGGAGGGCAAGAUGAAAUGGCACAGUACAUUGGUCAUCUUCAGGGUGCCUUGGAGUCCCAAACAAAUGGAAAUACGGUCACCGUCGCAGAUGACACUGUGUCAGGUGCUUAUGGCCCUGGUGCUAGAGAAAUCAAGAUCAAGAACCUGAGAAGUCAGUGCAUCAGCCAAAUGGGAGAAGAGGCAUUCAAAAAGGCAUACGAUUAUUUACACACUGCUAGAUUCAGUGAAGAUAAAGAAGAGCAAGAAAUCAUGCAAGGAUUGCGUGCCUUCGUUAAAAACCCAAGUGACUGUUUUCUUGUGGACCAGCUUCUUUUUUUGGAAGAACAGGCCAAGAUUAGUUGAAGUGCUUAGAAAUGGGCUGAAUUCUGCACUACUGGCAGGAACAAACAGAGACAUACUCCCACAUUCAAAUCUUUAUGGACUGGAAGAAUGGAUGUGGAAUUUUUAAAAAGUUGGAGGUUGGUGUUCACAUUCUUGUGGAAGUUACUGGGAGAGUAUGAGCCCAUUAAUGGUGUUUAAAAGAUGCAUAGUCCUGAAUUUUUUUUCUUAGGUGGAAAUUUUAUAUGGCACAUAGUUAUGGAUCUUAUCAAGUGGUAACAGACAACCUUUUACAAUUUUUUGAAAAUGGAACUGUUUUAUAGUUGUUGUUAUUGCAUGUGUACACUCCAAAUGUUGCUAUGUAGGGUACUUGUAAAAGACAUCCUAUUCAACACAUCUGCGUAAUGUAUAUAGUGUCCUGUUUCUUCAGACAGAAGAAAGGUUUCACACUUCUCUUGAAUGAUGGCAAAAAAUAAAUUAUCAGGUUUUUAUGUACUAUUUCUAUUUUUAUGCUAGUAAGGCUUAUACAAUAUUUUAUAGCAAUAUUAAAAACUAUGUAUUGCUCAAAUGCUCAUUACUUUUGGCGGUUGAAGUCUUCAUUUCAUAUUACUUUUAUAAGCAUUGUUUUAUAUGUUAUGCUUUCAUUGACAUUUUAGUCAAGUUCUAUAAAAUAUCUUCUUCCUCUGAGCCCUUGCAGCUUGAUGAGCCACGAUUGUGGCUUUGCCAGGGGAGCACAUAGGUAGGCAAUUUUCAUUACCUUCGUUGCAAAGUUCAAGCUUUCUUCUUUCCAAAAAUUUAGGUUUGUUGGUCUAAUGUUUGCCUGAAAGCAGCAAUAACAACAAACAUCACCCACUGUUGUAUUCACAGUAUUCAAUCACAAGCCAGUGUCUUUGUACAUAUUUGUGCUUAUAAGGGUCAAAGUGGUAUGCUUUCUUCAUGAGUGUUUGUGCCAGUUUGUGAGGGUGAGAAUAUUCACAGUCCCUCACCAACUUCCAAUGUGUCUUAAUCUGUUAUUCAAUCUCUCAGGUUUUAUCUUGCAUCCCAUUGAUGGUUUUUCCACAUUUUAGUUUUGACUUGUGCUAUUUAUUUAUUGUAUUACGCCCUUUAUUGACUUUUUUUUUUUUUUUUUGCUAAAGAUUUUAAAAGUUUUAGAUAUUGCCCUUUGCACAGUCCAAAGAUUUUAUCUUUCAUGUUCAUCAUCGAGGCAUAAUGUUCAUUAAUAGUUUCACAAUCAUUACUUCAUAGGUAAAGUUUUAGGUAGAUAGUAGGAACAUUGGUUUCAGUUGCACAUCCUUUUUGAACUUUUGUAAAAGUGUAGCAGAGACCUCUGUCUUGUGCAACCCUGCUUCAUUAAGGAAGACUUUCUACUACUACAGUCAGAUCUCAUUUCCUUCAUAAUGUUCUGAAACUAACUUGCCAGUAAAGUCUCACAUGAUUUAUUCUUCACAAUUCCUCUAAAUUUGUUAAACUUUUUAGUUCUACAUUUUCAGUCAUUCCGUCCAUUCAAGAAAGAAGCGUGCAGUUAUGUAAUUGCAAAUCUUGGGAUAUUUUAAAUGUGGAAAAGGUUGAGUCACUUUCUCCAUUUUCCUUUUAUAAGAACUGUGUCAAGUCUCGACAGCUCUUUGGAAAAUAUUUGAAUUUGUUUCUGCUGAACUGCAGGAGAUGCAAUUUUAUGUCUUGGUGUACUGAGUUGCUGUCUACAUGAUCUUCUUUCUAAUGCAAUAUUGAAUAACUGGGAUUCAUUGCAGUGUACACAGAUUAAUGUCCACAACAGUAUUUUAAACAAAGGAUCAGCUAAAUGUGAUAAUUGCAUUUUGAAUUUACUAGAAAACUUAAAAUGUGCCCAGAUCUCUUUUUUUCCUGCCAGUGCGCAUGCAUGUGUAAACUUUCACACCUUUUUUGCAUCUCUUUAGUGUGUGUGUGUGAGUGCAAUUAUUUUUUUCAGAUGUCUUCAAACAAAAAUUUGCUUGUAAACUGCUAUUAUUGGUAUUUGAAAGUCCCUGUAUCCUUUUACCAAGUGUAUAUACAAGCCAGAUGUGUGGAUGCUAUAUUUUUAAAUGCCAGUGGCUGUCGAAAUAAUCAGUAGGGUACACAACACUAUUAUAGGCAGCAUGAUAUCAAAGUCUGCAAUGCUUGGUAAUGCAACAUUAAUCAGACAUAUCAUGUAUAAAAGUGAUCUUUCUGUACAGUUGCUUGUGUGACUAAAAAAUAUGAAUAAAACGCUCAAAGCAAA